AUGGACGUGGACGACUUGGACAUGGACGUGGAAGUGGACGUGGACGUGGACGUGGACGUGGACAUGGACGUGGACGUGGACGUGGACGUGGACGUGGUCGUGGACGUGGACGUGGAGGUGGACUUGGACGUGGACGUGGACGUCGACGUGGACAUAGACGUGGACUUGAUCGUGGACGUGGACGUGGACGUGGACUUGGACGUGGACGUGGACGUGGAUGUGGACGUGGACGUGGACAUGGACGUGGACGUGGACGUGGACGUGAACGUGGACGUGGACGAGGACAUGGACGACAUGGACGUGGACGUGGACGUGGACAUGGACGUGGACAUGGACGUGGACGUGGACGUGGACGUGAACAUGGACGUGGACGUGGACAUGGACGUGGACAUGGACGUGGACGUCGACGUGGACGUGGACGUGGAGGUGGACUUGGACGUGGACGUAGACGUGGACGUGGACGUGGUCGUGGACGUGGACGUGGACGUGGACGUGGACGUGGACUUGGACGUGGACGUGGACGUGGUCGUGGACGUGGACGUGGACGUGGUCGUGGACUUGGACGUGGACGUGGACGUGGAGGUGGACUUGGACGUGGACGUGGACGUGGACGUGGACGUGGACGUGGACUUGGACGUGGACGUGGACGUGGACGUGGACGUGGACUUGGACGUGGACGUGGACGUGGACGUGGACGUGGUCGUGGACGUGGACGUGGACGUGGACGUGGACGUGGACGUGGACGUGGACGUAGACGUGGACGUGGACCUGGACGUGGACCUGGACCUGGACGUGGACGUGGACGUGGACGUGGACCUUGUCGUGGACGUUGACGUGGACCUUGUCGUGGACGUGGACGUGGACGUGGACGUGGACAUGGUCGUGGACGUGGACGUGGACGUGGACGUGGACGUGGACGUGGACAUGGACUUGGACGUGGACGUGGACGUGGACGUGGACGAGGACAUGGUCGUGGACGUAGACGUGGACGUGGACGUGGACAUGGACUUGGACGUGGACGUGGGCGUGGACGACAUGGACGUGGACGUGGACGUGGACGUGAACAUGGACGUGGACAUGGACGUGGACGUGGACGUGGACGUGAACAUGGACGUGGACAUGGACGUGGACGUGGACGUGGACGUGGACGUGGACGUGGACAUGGACGUGGACAUGGACGUGGACGUGGACGUGGACGUGGACGUGGACGUGGUCGUGGACAUGGUGGUGGACGUGGACAUUGACGUGGACGUGGACAUGGACGUGGACGUGGACAUUGACGUGGUCGUGGUCGUGGACGUGGACGUGGACGUGGACGUGGUCGUCCACGACGUGGACUUGGACGUGGACGUGGACGUGGACGUGGACGUGGACCUUGUCAUGGACGUGGACGUGGACGUGGACGUGGACGUGGACAUGGUCGUGGACGUGGACGUGGACGUGGACGUGGACGUGGACGUGGACGUGGACAUGGACUUGGACGUGGACGUGGACGUGGACGUGGACGUGGACAUGGUCGUGGACGUGGACGUGGACGUGGACGUGGACGUGGACAUGGACUUGGACGUGGACGUGGGCGUGGACGUGGACGUGGACGUGGACAUGGACGUGGACGUGGACGUGGACGUGGACGUGGACGUGGACGUGGACGUGGUCGUGGACGUGGACGUGGACGUGGACGUGGAGGUGGACUUGGACGUGGACGUGGACGUAGACGUGGACAUAGACGUGGACGUGGACCUGAUCGUGGACGUGGACGUGGACGUGGACGACAUGGACGUGGACGUGGACGUGGACGUGGACAUGGACGUGGACAUGGACGUGGACGUGGACGUGGACGUGAACAUGGACGUGGACAUGGACGUGGACAUGGACGUGGACAUGGACGUGGACAUGGACGUGGACGUGGACGUGGACGUGGUCAUGGACAUGGUCGUGGACGUGGACCUUGACGUGGACAUGGACGUGGACGUGGACAUUGACGUGGUCGUGGUCGUGGACGUGGACGUGGACGAGGACGUGGUCGUCCACGACGUGGACUUGGACGUGGACGUGGACGUGGACGUGGACGUGGACGUGGUCGUGGUCGUGGACGUGGACGUGGUCGUCCACGACGUGGACUUGGACGUGGACGUGUACAUGGACGUGGACGUGGAUGUGGUCGUGGACGUGGACGUGGACAUGGACGUGGACGUGGUCGUGGACGUGGACGUGGACGUGGAGGAAGUGGACGUGGACGUGGAAUAUGUGGACGUGGACGUGGAUGACGUGGACGUGGACGUGGAGGACGUGGACGUUGACAUUGACGUGGACGUGGACGUGGUCGUAGACGUGGACGUUGACGACUUGGACAUGGACGUGGACGUGGACGUGGACGUGGACGUAGAUGUGGACGUGGUCAUGAACGUGGACGUGGACGUGAACGUGGACGUGGACGUGGACGUGGACGUGGACAUGGUCGUGGACGUGGACGUGGACGUGGACGUGGAAAUGGACGUGGACGUGGACGUGGUCAUGGACGUGGACGUGGACGUGGACGUGGACCUGGACGUGGACCUGGACGUGGACGUGGACGUGGACGUGGACCUGGACGUGGACAUGGACGUGGACGUGGACGUGGACGUGGACUUGAACGUGGACAUGGACGUGGACGUGGACAUGGGCGUGGACGUGGACGUGGACAUGGACGUGGACGUGGACCUGGACGUGGACGUGGACGUGGACGUGGUCCUUGACGUGGUCGUGGACGUGGUCGUGGACGUGGAUGUGGACGUGGACGUGGACCUGGACGUGGACGUGGACGUAGACGUGGACGUGGUCCUGGAUGUGGUCGUGGACGUGGUCGUGGACGUGGACGUGGACGUGGACGUGGUCAUGGACGUGGACGUGGACGUGGACGUGGACGUGGACGUGGACGUGGUCGUGGUCGUGGACGUGGUCGUGGACGUGGACGUCGACGUGGACGUGGUCGUCCACGACGUGGACUUGGACGUGGACGUGGACGAGUACAUGGACGUGGACGUGGACGUGGUCGUGGACGUCGACGUGGACAUGGACGUGGUCGUGGUCGUGGACGUGGACGUGGUCGUGGACGUGGACGUGGACGUGGAGGACGUGGACGUGGACGUGGAGGACGUGGACGUGGACGUGGAGGACGUGGACGUGGACGUGGAGGACGUGGACGUGGACAUUGAAGUAGACGUGGACGUGGACGUGGACGUGGACGUGGACGUGGACGUGGACAUGGUCGUGAACGUGGACGUGGACGUGGACAUGGACGUGGACGUGGACGUGGACAUGGACGUGGACGUGGACGUGGACGUGGACAUGGACGUGGACGUGGACGUGGACAUGGUCGUGGACGUGGACGUGGACGUGGACAUGGUCGUGGACGUGGACGUGGACAUGGACGUGGACGUGGACGUGGACGUGGACGUGGACAUGGACGUGGACGUGGACGUGGACGUGGACGUGGCAAGGACGUGGACGUGGACACGUGGACGUGGACGUGGUCUGGACGUGGACGUGGUCGUGGACGUGGACGUGGUCGUGGACGUGGACGUGGUCGUGGACGUGGACGUGGACGUGGACGUGGACGUGGACGUGGACGUGGACCUGGACGUGGACGUGGACGUGGACGUGGACGUGGACGUGGACGUGGACGUGGACGUGGACGUGGACGUGGACGUGGACCUAGUCGUGGACGUGGACGUGGACGUGGACGUGGACGUGGACGUGGACUUGGACGUGCACGUGGACGUGGUCGUGGAGGUGGACGUGGACGUGGACGUGGUCGUGGACGUGGACGUGGUCGUGGACGUGGACGUGGACGUGGACGUGGACGUGGACGUGGACGUGGACGUGGACGUGGUCGUGGACGUGGAGGUGGACGUGGACGUGGACGUGGACGUGGACGUGGACGUGGACGUGGACGUGGACGUGGACAUGGACGUGGACAUGGACGUGGACUUGGACGUGGACUUGGACGUGGUCGUGGACGUGGACGUGGACGUGGACGUGGACGUGGACGUGGUCGUGGACGUGGACAUGGUCGUGGACGUGGACGUGGACGUGGACGUGGACGUGGACGUGGUCGUGGACGUGGACGUGGUCGUGGACGUGGUCGUGGACGUGGACGUGGACAUGGUCGUGGACGUGGACGUGGACGUGGACGUGGACGUGGACGUGGACGUGGACGUGGACGUGGACGUGCACGUGGACGUGCACGUGCACCUGGAAGUGGACGUGGACGUGGACGUGGACGUGGACGUGGUCGUCGACGUGGACGUGGACGUGGACGUGGACGUGGUCGUGGACGUGGACGUGGACGUGGUCGUGGACGUGGACGUGGACGUGGACGUGGACGUGGACGUCGACCUGGUCGUGGACGUGGACGUGGACGUGGACGUGGACGUGGACUUGGACGUGCCCGUGGACGUGGACGUCAACGUGGACGUGGACUUGGACGUGCCCGUGGACAUGGACGUGGACGUGGACGUGGACGUGGUCGUGGACGUGGUCGUGGUCGUGGACGUGGACGUGGACGUGGACAUGGACAUGGUCGUGGACGUGGACGUGGACGUGGACGAGGACGUGGACGUGGACGUGGACCUGGACGUGGACGUGCACGUGGACGUGGACGUCGUGGACGUGGACGUGGACGUGGACAUGGACGUGGACUUGGACGUGGACGUGGACCUGGACGUGGACGUGGACGUGGACGUGGACGUGGACAAGGACGUGGACGUGGACCUGGUCGUGGACGUGGACGUGGACGUGGACGUGGUCGUGAACAUGGUCUUGGACGUUGACGUGGACGUGGACGUGGUCGUGGACGUGGUCUUGGACGUGGUCGUGGACGUGGACGUGGACGUGGACGUGGACAUGGACGUGGACGUGGACGUGGUCGUGGACGUGGACGUAGACGUGGACGUGGACGUGGACGUGGACGUGGACGUGGACGUGGACGUGGACGUGGACGUGGACGUGGACGUGGACGUGAACGUGGACAUGGUCGUGGACGUGGACGUGGUCGUGGACGUGGACGUGGACGUGGACGUGGACAUGGACGUGGACGUGAACGUGGACGUGGUGGUGAACGUGGACGUGGACAUGGACGUGGACUUGGACGUGGUCGUGGACGUGGACAUGGUCGUGGACGUGGACGUGGACAUGGUCGUGGACGUGGACGUGGACGUGGACGUGGUCGUGGACGUGGACGUGGACGUGGACGUGGACGUGGACGUGGACGUGGACAUGGUCGUGGACGUGGACGUGGACGUGCACGUGGACGUGGACGUGGACGUGGACGUGGACUUCGACGUGCACGUGGACGUGGUCGUGGACCUGGACAUGGACGUGGACGUGGACGUGGACGUGGACGUGGUCGUCGACGUGGACGUGGACGUGGACGUGGUCGUGGACGUGGACGUGGACGUGGUCGUGGACGUGGACGUGGACGUGGACGUGGACGUGGACGUGGACGUGGACCUGGUCGUGGACGUGGACGUGGACAUGGACGUGAACGUGGACUUGGAAGUGCCCGUGGACGUGGACGUCGACGUGGACGUGGACUUGGACAUGCCCGUGGACGUGGACGUAAACGUGGACGUGGACGUGGACGUGGACGUGGACGUGGACAUGGACGUGGACGUGGACGUGGACGUGGACGUGGACGUGGUCGUGGACGUGGACGUGGACAUGGACGUGAACGUGGACGUGAACGUGGACAUGGAGGUGAACGUGGACGUGGUCAUGGACGUGGACGUGGACGUGGUCGUGGACGUGGUCGUGGACGUGGACGUGGACGUGGACGUGGACGUGGUCGUGGACGUGGUCGUGGACGUGGACGUGGACGAGGACGUGGACGUGGACGUGGACCUGGACGUGGACGUGGACGUGGACGUGGACGUGGACGUCGUGGACGUGGACGAGGACAUGGACGUGGACUUGGACGUGGACGUGGACCUGGACGUGGAUGUGGACGUGGACGUGGACGAGGACGUGGACGUGGACGUGGACCUGGUCGUGGACGUGGACGUGGACGUGAACGUGGACGUGGUCGUGAACAUGGUCUUGGACGUUGACGUGGACGUGGACGUGGUCGUGGACGUGGUCUUGGACGUGGUCGUGGACAUGGACGUGGACGUGGACGUGGACGUGGACGUGGACGUGGACGUGGACAUGGACGUGGACGUGGACGUGGUCGUGGACGUGGACGUGGACGUGGGCGUGGACGUGGACGUGGACGUGGACAUGGACGUGGACGUGGACGUGGACGUGGACGUGGACGUGGACGUGGACGUGGACGUGGUCGUGGACGUGGACGUGGACGUGGACGUGGACGUGAACGUGGACAUGGUCGUGGACGUGGACGUGGACGUGGACGUGGUCGUGGACGUAGACGUGGACGUCGACGUGGACGUGGACAUGGUCGUGGACGUGGACGUGGACAUGGUCAUGGACGUGGACGUCGAGGACUUGGACGUGGACGUGGACGUGGACGUGGACGUGGACAUGGACGUGGACGUGAACUUGGACGUGGACGUGUACGUGGACGUGGACGUGGACGUGGACGUGGACGUGGACGUGGACGUGUACGUGGACGUGGACGUGGACAUGGACGUGGACGUGGACGUGGACGUGGUCGUGGACGUGGUCGUGGACGUGGACGUGGACGUGGACUUGGACGUGGACAUGGACGUGGACGUGGACAUGGUCGUGGACGUGGUCGUGGACGUGGACGUGGACAUAGACAUGGACGUGGACGUGGACGUGGACGUGGUCGUGGACAUGGACGUGGUCGUGGACGUGGACGUGGACGUGGACAUGGACGUGGACGUGGACAUGGUCGUGGACGAGGACGUGGACGUGGACGUGGACUUGGAUGUGGACGUGGACGUGGACAUGGACAUGGACAUGGUCGUGGACGUGGACGUGGACGUGGACAUGGACGUGGACGUAGACGUGGACCUGGACGUGGACGUGGACUUGGACGUGGACGUGGACGUGGACGUAGACGUGGACGUGGACGUGGACGUGGACGUGGACGUGGACCUGGACGUGGACGUGGUCGUGGACCUAGACGUGGACGUGGUCGUGGACGUGGACGUGGACGUGGACGUGGUCGUGGACGGGGACGUGGACGUGGACAUGGUUGUGGACGUGGACGUGGACGUGGACGUGGACCUGGACGUGGACGUGGACAUGGUCGUGGACGUGGUCGUGGACGUGGACGUGGACGUGGACCUGGACGUGGACGUGGACAUGGUCGUGGACGUGGACGUGGAGGACUUGGACGUGGUCGUGGACGUGGACGUGGACGUGGACGAGGCGUGGACGGACGUGGACGUGGUCAUGGUCGUGGACGUGGACGUCGACGUCGACGUGGUCAUGGUCGUGGACGUGGACGUCGACGUCGACGUGGUCGUGGUCGUGGACGUGGACGUGGACGUGGUCAUGGUCGUGGACGUGGACGUCGACGUGGACGUGGUCAUGGUCGUGGACGUGGACGUCGACGUCGACGUGGUCAUGGUCGUGGACGUGGACGUGGACGUGGUCGUGGACGUGGACGUGGACGUGGACGUGGACGUGCACGUGGACAUGGACGUGGACUUGGACGUGGACGUGGACGUGCACGUGGACGUGGACGUGGACGUGGACGUGGACGUGCACGUGGACGUGGACGUGGACUUGGACGUGGACGUGCACGUGGACGUGGACGUGGACGUGCACGUACACGUGGACAUGGACGUCGACGUGGACGUGGACGUGGUCAUGGUCGUGGACGUGGACGUCGACGUCGACGUGGUCAUGGUCGUGGACGUGGACGUCGACGUCGACGUGGUCAUGGUCGUGGACAGGGACGUGGACGUGGUCAUGGUCGUGGAUGUGGACGUCGACGUCGACGUGGUCAUGGUCGUGGACGUGGACGUGGACGUGGUCGUGGAUGUGGACGUGGACGUGGACGUGGACGUGCACGUGGACGUGGACGUGGACUUGGACGUGGACGUGGACGUGCACGUGGACGUGGACGUGGACGUGGACGUGGACGUGCACGUGGACGUGGACGUGGACUUGGACGUGGACGUGCACGUGGACGUGGACGUGGACGUGCACGUACACGUGGACAUGGACGUCGACGUGGACGUGGACUUGGACAUGGUCGUGGACCUGGACGUGGACGUGGACGUGGACGUGGACGUGGACGUGGACGUGGACGUGGUCGUGGACGUGGACGUGGACGUGGUCGUGGACGUGGACAUGGACGUGGUCGUGGACGUGGACGUGGACGUGGACGUGGAGGUGGACGUGGACGUGGACCUGGUCGUGGACGUGGACGUGGACGUGGACCUAGUCGUGGACGUGGACUUGGACGUGGACGUGGACGUGGACGUGGACUUGGACGUGCACGUGGACUUGGACGUGGACGUGGACGUGGACUCGGACAUGGUCGUGCACGUGGUCGUGGACGUCGACGUGGACGUGGACUCGGACAUGGUCGUGGACGUGGUCGUGGACGUGGACGUGGACGUAGUCGUGGACGUGGACGUGGACGAGGACGUGGACGUGGACGUGGACCUGGUCGUGGACGUGGACGUGGACGUGGACGUGGACGUGGUCGUGAACAUGGUCUUGGACGUUGACGUGGACGUGGACGUGGUCGUGGACGUGGUCUUGGACGUGGUCGUGGACAUGGACGUGGACGUGGACGUGGACGUGGACGUGGACGUGGACGUGGACAUGGACGUGGACGUGGACGUGGUCGUGGACGUGGACGUGGACGUGGGCGUGGACGUGGACGUGGACGUGGACAUGGACGUGGACGUGGACGUGGACGUGGACGUGGACGUGGACGUGGACGUGGACGUGGUCGUGGACGUGGACGUGGACGUGGACGUGGACGUGAACGUGGACAUGGUCGUGGACGUGGACGUGGACGUGGACGUGGUCGUGGACGUAGACGUGGACGUCGACGUGGACGUGGACAUGGUCGUGGACGUGGACGUGGACAUGGUCAUGGACGUGGACGUCGAGGACUUGGACGUGGACGUGGACGUGGACUUGGACGUGGACAUGGACGUGGACGUGAACUUGGACGUGGACGUGUACGUGGACGUGGACGUGGACGUGGACGUGGACGUGGACGUGGACGUGUACGUGGACGUGGACGUGGACAUGGACGUGGACGUGGACGUGGACGUGGUCGUGGACGUGGUCGUGGACGUGGACGUGGACGUGGACUUGGACGUGGACAUGGACGUGGACGUGGACAUGGUCGUGGACGUGGUCGUGGACGUGGACGUGGACAUAGACAUGGACGUGGACGUGGACGUGGACGUGGUCGUGGACAUGGACGUGGUCGUGGACGUGGACGUGGACGUGGACAUGGACGUGGACGUGGACAUGGUCGUGGACGAGGACGUGGACGUGGACGUGGACUUGGACGUGGACGUGGACGUGGACAUGGACAUGGACAUGGUCGUGGACGUGGACGUGGACGUGGACAUGGACGUGGACGUAGACGUGGACCUGGACGUGGACGUGGACUUGGACGUGGACGUGGACGUGGACGUAGACGUGGACGUGGACGUGGACGUGGACGUGGACGUGGACGUGGACCUGGACGUGGACGUGGUCGUGGACCUAGACGUGGACGUGGUCGUGGACGUGGACGUGGACGUGGACGUGGUCGUGGACGGGGACGUGGACGUGGACAUGGUUGUGGACGUGGACGUGGACGUGGACGUGGACCUGGACGUGGACGUGGACAUGGUCGUGGACGUGGUCGUGGACGUGGACGUGGACGUGGACCUGGACGUGGACGUGGACAUGGUCGUGGACGUGGACGUGGAGGACUUGGACGUGGUCGUGGACGUGGACGUGGACGUGGACGAGGCGUGGACGGACGUGGACGUGGUCAUGGUCGUGGACGUGGACGUCGACGUCGACGUGGUCAUGGUCGUGGACGUGGACGUCGACGUCGACGUGGUCGUGGUCGUGGACGUGGACGUGGACGUGGUCAUGGUCGUGGACGUGGACGUCGACGUGGACGUGGUCAUGGUCGUGGACGUGGACGUCGACGUCGACGUGGUCAUGGUCGUGGACGUGGACGUGGACGUGGUCGUGGACGUGGACGUGGACGUGGACGUGGACGUGCACGUGGACGUGGACGUGGACUUGGACGUGGACGUGGACGUGCACGUGGACGUGGACGUGGACGUGGACGUGGACGUGCACGUGGACGUGGACGUGGACUUGGACGUGGACGUGCACGUGGACGUGGACGUGGACGUGCACGUACACGUGGACAUGGACGUCGACGUGGACGUGGACGUGGUCAUGGUCGUGGACGUGGACGUCGACGUCGACGUGGUCAUGGUCGUGGACGUGGACGUCGACGUCGACGUGGUCAUGGUCGUGGACAGGGACGUGGACGUGGUCAUGGUCGUGGACGUGGACGUCGACGUCGACGUGGUCAUGGUCGUGGACGUGGACGUGGACGUGGUCGUGGAUGUGGACGUGGACGUGGACGUGGACGUGCACGUGGACGUGGACGUGGACUUGGACGUGGACGUGGACGUGCACGUGGACGUGGACGUGGACGUGGACGUGGACGUGCACGUGGACGUGGACGUGGACUUGGACGUGGACGUGCACGUGGACGUGGACGUGGACGUGCACGUACACGUGGACAUGGACGUCGACGUGGACGUGGACUUGGACAUGGUCGUGGACCUGGACGUGGACGUGGACGUGGACGUGGACGUGGACGUGGACGUGGACGUGGUCGUGGACGUGGACGUGGACGUGGUCGUGGACGUGGACAUGGACGUGGUCGUGGACGUGGACGUGGACGUGGACGUGGAGGUGGACGUGGACGUGGACCUGGUCGUGGACGUGGACGUGGACGUGGACCUCGUCGUGGACGUGGACUUGGACGUGGACGUGGACGUGGACGUGGACUUGGACGUGCACGUGGACUUGGACGUGGACGUGGACGUGGACUCGGACAUGGUCGUGCACGUGGUCGUGGACGUCGACGUGGACGUGGACUCGGACAUGGUCGUGGACGUGGUCGUGGACGUGGACGUGGACGUAGUCGUGGACGUGGACGUGGACGUGGACGUGGACGUGGACGUGGACGUGGACGUGGACGUGGACAUGGACGUGGACGUGGACGUGGACGUGGACUUGGACUUGGACAUGGUCGUGGACAUGGACGUGGACGUGGACGUGGACAUGGACGUGGACGUGGACGUGGACGUGGACAUGGACGUGGACGUGGACGUGGACAUGGACGUGGACAUGGACGUGGACGUGGUCGUGGACGUAGACGUGGACGUGGACGUGGACGUGGACCUGGUCGUGGACGUGGACGUGGACGUGGACAUGGACGUGGACGUGGACGUGGACGUGGACGUGGACGUGGACGUGGACGUGGACAUGGACGUGGACGUGGACGUGGACGUGGACUUGGACUUGGACAUGGUCGUGGACGUGGACGUGGACGUGGACGUGGACGUGGACGUGGACGUGGUCGUGGACGUGGACGUGGACGUGGACGUGGUCGUGGACGUGGACGUGGACGUGGUCGUGGACGUGGACGUGGACGUGGAGCUGGUCGUGGACGUGGACUUGGACGUGGACGUGGACGUGGACUUGGACGUGCACGUGGACGUGGACGUGGACGUAGACGUGGACUUGGACAUGGUCGUGGACGUGGUCGUGGACGUGGACGUGGACGUGGACGUGGACGUGGACGUGGACGUGGACGUGGACGUGGACGUGGACGUGGACGUGGACGUGGUCGUGGACGUGGACGAGGACGCGGACAUGGUCGUGGACAUGGUCGUGGACGUGGACGUGGACGUGGACUUGGACGUGGACGUGGACGUGGACGUGGACGUGGACGUGGACGUGUACAUGGUCGUGGACGUGGACGUGGACGUGGACGUGGACGUGGACGUGGACGUGGACGUGGACGUGGACAUGGACGUGGACGUGGACAUGGUCGUGGACGUGGUCGUGGACGUGGUCGUGGACGUGGACAUGGACAUGGACAUGGACUUGGACAUGGACGUGGACGUGGACGUGGUCGUGGACAUGGUCGUGGACGUGGACGUGGACGUGGACGUGGACGUGGACGUGGACAUGGACUUUGACGUGGACGUGGACGUGGACGUGGACGUGGUCGUGGACCUGGUCGUGGACGUGGUCGUGGACGUGGACGUGGACGUGGACGUGGACGUGGACGUGGUCGUGGACGUGGACGUGGACGUGGACGUGGACGUGGACGGUGACGUGGUCGUGGACGUGGUCGUGGACGUGGUCUUAGACGUGGACGUGGACGUGGACGUGGACAUGGUCGUGGACGUGGACGUGGACGUGGACAUGGUCGUAGACGUGGACGUGGAGGACUUGGACGUGGUCGUGGACAUGGACGUGGACGUGGACGUGGACGUGGUCGUGGACGUGGACGUGGACGUGGACGUGGACGUGGACGUGGACCUGGUCGUGGACGUGGACGUGGACGUGGACCUGGACGUGGACGUGGACUAG